GAAAUUCAGGGGGCCUUCUGUUCCUUUAAACUCUCGCUUUCGCUCCCGCUGACACUUCGCAGCGGCCGCGGCUGGACCAGGCUACCGCGCUCCCUUCGUCCUUCCACCCGCCCGCGGGUCUGGGGUCCGAAGGGGCUGCGCAGGUACAUUUUUCCUGCCUCCGGACCUCAGACUGCUGCAGCUCGAGCCUUCCCAGGGGCUGCCCAUCCCUCCGGCUGCGAGCGAGGACGCACGCCCUGCAUCGGGCGAAGAAAAGAAGAAAAACUUGUCGGAGGGGUUUCGCCAGCCCACAGUAACCCCCUUCCCGCAAACCCGAAUCUUCCGCGGGGCCAUCCCAAGACUGGGGAAAGUUCCGAAAGCCCUCUCGGAUUUGGAGGAGGCACCCUAGCUGACUGUGGAAUUAGAUCUGUUUUGAACCCAGUGGAGCGCAUCGCCGCGGCUCGGAAGUCACCGUCAGCGGGCACCGGGGUGGCGCUGCCCGUGCGGAGCGGAGAGUUUGCCAGCUCCGGCUGCAAGUGGCCUUUCGCCUCCGCAGUUGCUAGUCUGUGUCUGGAGUGAGGGCUGUGAGUGUUGUGGCAAGUUGUGAAGAGAGACCUGGAGGUCCGGAGAAGACUGCGCUCGCCUCGCACUUCCUUUUUUCUCUUCUUGGCUCCCGGGCGUGAAGUCUGAGCGAAUUUUACAAAGGCCUCUGCGUCCUGCCGGGACCGGUCCGCAGCGUUCGGCCCCGCGGUCCUCAUUCCCAACCGGAGCCCCGGAGCCCCGGGCGCCCGGGAAGGACUGGCGGGGAGGGGGAGGGAGGUCGCGGCGGCGGCAUGGCGAGGUUCCCGCGAGCCGACCUGGCAGCUGCAGGAGUUGUGUUACUUUGCCACUUUUUAAUGGACCGGUUUCAGUUCGCUGCAGGGACGCCUGGAAACCAAGUCCACGAUUGGCACUAUCAAAUUGCUCAGGCCUCCCCACAAACAGAAGAGGAGGUGGAAGUGGACUCACAUGCAUACAGCCAUCGAUGGAAAAGGAACUUGGAUCCUCUCAAGACAGUAGACUCAAACCGAGCCAGCGUGGGCCAAGACUCUCCAGAGCCCAGAGGCUUCACUGACCUGCUGCUGGACGAUGGGCAGGACAACACCACCCAGAUUGAGGAGGACACAGAUCAUAACUACUAUAUAUCUCGGAUAUAUGGUCCAUCCGAUUCUGCCAGUCGGGAUCUGUGGGUGAACAUAGACCAAAUGGAAAAGGACAAAGUGAAGAUUCAUGGAAUAUUGUCCAAUACUCAUCGGCAAGCUGCAAGAGUGAAUCUGUCCUUCGAUUUUCCAUUUUAUGGCCAUUUCCUACGUGAAAUCACUGUGGCAACUGGGGGUUUCAUAUACACUGGAGAAGUUGUGCAUCGAAUGCUAACAGCCACACAGUACAUAGCACCUUUAAUGGCAAAUUUUGAUCCCAGUGUAUCCCGAAAUUCAACCGUCAGGUAUUUUGAUAAUGGCACAGCACUUGUUGUCCAGUGGGACCAUGUACAUCUCCAGGAUAAUUACAAUCUGGGAAGCUUCACCUUCCAAGCAACCCUCCUCAUGGAUGGCCGCAUCAUCUUCGGAUAUAAAGAAAUCCCUGUCUUGGUCACACAGAUAAGUUCAACCAAUCACCCGGUGAAAGUGGGACUGUCAGAUGCCUUUGUCGUCGUCCACAGGAUCCAGCAAAUUCCCAAUGUUCGAAGAAGAACAAUUUAUGAAUACCACCGAGUAGAACUACAAAUGUCAAAAAUCACCAAUAUUUCAGCUGUGGAGAUGACCCCAUUGCCUACCUGUCUCCAGUUUAAUGGUUGUGGCCCCUGUGUAUCCUCUCAGAUUGGCUUCAACUGCAGCUGGUGUAGCAAACUUCAAAGGUGUUCCAGUGGAUUUGAUCGCCAUCGUCAGGACUGGGUGGACAGUGGAUGCCCUGAAGAGUCAAAAGAGAAGAUGUGCGACACCACAGAGCCAGUAGAAAGUUCUACUCAAUCCACCACAACCACAGGAGCAACAACCACACAAUUUAGGGUCUUGACAACCGCCAGAAGAGCAGCGACUUCCCAGCCACCCACCAGCCUGCCCACAGAAGAUGAUACCAAGAUAGCUCUACAUCUAAAAGAUAAUGGAGCCUCUACAGAUGACAGUGCCGCCGAGAAGAAAGGGGGGUCCCUUCACGCUGGCCUCAUCGUUGGAAUUCUCAUCCUGGUCCUCAUUAUAGCUGCAGCCAUUCUCGUGACGGUCUAUAUGUAUCACCAUCCAACGUCAGCGGCGAGCAUCUUCUUUAUUGAGAGACGCCCAAGCAGAUGGCCUGCGAUGAAGUUUCGAAGAGGUUCUGGCCAUCCUGCCUAUGCUGAAGUUGAACCAGUUGGAGAGAAAGAAGGUUUUAUUGUAUCCGAGCAGUGCUAAAACUUCUAGAACAGAACAGCACCAGUGCUGGCUUACAGGUGUUAAGACUAAAAAAUUUGCCUAUACCUUUAAGACACACACACACACACACACCACACACACACACACACACACAGGAGCCCUAAGCUGCUGUAGCUGGAAGGAGAUGAGAUUUCUGGACAAGUCCAACCCAGGAAGGGUAAAAAAACAAAACAAAACAAAACCUAAAUCUUAUGCAGGAUACUAUUUACCACUGAACAUAGAAUUCCCUAGUGGAAUGACCUCUCUAGUUCACUCAGAACAUCUCCUGUGGACUUUUCAGAACUAUUACAGUGCUGUUGGCUUAAGGUGCAGGGUUGCAAAGGGAUCGAGAAAAAAAAUAAUAAUAAAGCUUUAGUUCACAAGAGAUCUACACCUUUGGUUCACAUAUUCUUCUCUGAUAACUAUGUUCCAAAGCCUGAACCCAUUUACUCCAAAGAGCAAUGCCGACUCUUUCAAGAUGGCCAAGAAGAGUAGCCGAUGCAGGAGCCAAAACAAACACAAAAUAGCAGACUUUCUGUCUUUUCACCAGACCUGUGGCUAAAGGAUUUUGUCUUUCUGGUCUAGAUCCACCUAUUCCAACAAGUUCAUUACUUUACAGGGUGAAAUCUUUUCUCUGCCUCUCUCUUCCUUGUUACCAAACACCCUAGAUAGAGAUGAGCUGUGACGAUUGGCCAGACUUGUAGCUAAGUGGUAGGAAGGAGAGAGGCUUUGGGUUCUCCUGCCUCCAAAUAAAACAUCUGAUUUGUUUCAUGGAGCAUUGCUUCCGCUUCCCAACUGUGAAGUCCUAUGAAGCCGCAGUUGCUCUUGGCUGAAGGAAACAAAAGGAAACAAUACAAAGAGUUCCUUAAUCGGUUUUGAGGCAAAAUCGUUAAGCGAUUCUAAACAUAUGGGUUUGUUGUUGUUGGGUUUUUGGUUUGUCUUUUUUUUUUUUUUUUUUUUUUGCUUUUUUCUGUUUCAGUAUGAAAGGCCCAUUUCAUUGUCGAUUCCUCUCUAAGAAGCCGGUCAAGUCAGCAUAUUCCUGCCGUUAAAAAGAAUGAAAGAACCCUGCUGAAUCAUACAGUAAUUUUCUUUAAAGCACAUAGUAGUUACAUAAAUAUAUAUAUAAAUAUAUUUUUGUUUAUGACUAACACAAGGCAGGCUCUUGUGAUCUCAGAGUGCAUUUUGUCCUCAAGACAAAACAAAUGCGAGAUGCAGUUCUGCAUACUUCCACAGAGUUGUAAAAUAAUCCUUAAUAUUAGAAUAUUUUUAUGUCCCUUAGCGAAAGAGGUUCAAUUAGUUGCAGUGCCAAUCACUUUCCUGCCUAUUUGAGCCGCUCUCCCAUUCAUAUCAACCCCUUCCCUCCCUGGUGAAAUCAAGCAGAUGCAAAAGGCUCCUUAGAUGGGAUCUGUCAUUUGCCCUGUAAUCACAAUCCAGACUUUGAAACUUCCCCAUGAGUGAAGACAGGAAAGACUUCCCCGGAGGAGGAAUGUGGUUAAUGUAUCUACUGAGCUCCUAAAGUUUAAAUUCAGGUACUGUGUGUACAAUUUCAUCAACAUCUCGACCCAUGAAACUGACAUCCUGUGCCAAGAAGCUGUUGGUUCUCGCAGGCACCGUGUACAACAUUUGCAGAUUCAGGUAUCAAGAAGCAGAGAUGUCUCGAAAGCAGCACUUUACUAACAGCUUAGUAUCUGUACACAGUGUCUAGAAUGAAUGACAUCAGUCCACUGACAGUGUCAUAUUUUAUCGUCACAAUCAUCUAGUGUAAACUUGUGCCAUUUUCCAUCAAGUGUAUUUUACUUUACAUUUCUAAGUACCUGAUGAGGGUGAUAAUUUUUUCCUAACCUGCUUAGUAACUGCAAAAAAAAAAAAAAAAAAAAAAAAGAAAAAAAUUGACAAGCAAGGUGAUUAAAGGACGUGAUGACAAUCUCUCUGCUAAAGCCACGUUCCGUUUAUAUGAAAUAACCCAACUUAUUUCUUGUGGAGUAGGUUUGGUCAGUUAGCAAUAACCAAAUGACUUGCCAACGUAACUGGUGCAACGGGUAUUCUACAAAGACAUAAGGAACACACAGACGAUUCCUUGUAGGAUAAGAUGAUGCUUCUUCUUUCACUUGCUUUUGUGUUAGGAGUGGGCUUCCAAUAGCGGGUGAUUGAUAGUUAUAUAAAUUCUGCAUAUAUAUAUAUAUAUACAUAUAUAUAUACACGCACAUAUAUCCAACUCCUUCUGCAGUUCUGUGAAGUAGUGAUGUUAUCUUUAUUUCUUUCAAAGCUUCUCUUCCGUUUUUGAUUCAAAAAAUUGACAAUUCUGUAAGAUAACCUUAAACUCUCUGAAUUGCUUGGUGAAUUGGAACAGCAAGUUAUAAGGAAAACUUUUCGGAAGUAAAAGGCUGCUGAAGUGUGGGAAAACAUCCUAACCAGUCCAGGUGUUAGAGUUGGUAACCUCUGUUGUUUGUCACUCUUUCAGUGGUAGGGAGAGAGGCUGACUGAACCUGUUUUUGUUGUUGUUGUUGUUGUUGUUGUUGUUUUUCACGAAACUCUCACUCUGCUUUAUACUUCUGGCUUGUUCUUGGUGCCCAUUUACUGAGGAGGAAGGGUCAACUUACACAGAGUUUCUGGAAAUUCAGAAUGGCCCCUGAUGAUGUGGACUUUACACGUAGUAUAUAUUAGAAAAUGUGCAUCUGUCCAUCACAAUAUACUAUGAACACAGUAAGAGAGAAUAACAAACAUUUUACAGAUUAAGACUAGCAAAGGAGCACAUACACACUUCUGGAGAAAUCAGCUAAAUGGUGCUAGAGAGGAAGUUAGUUAUGUCAUCUUAAUUAUUUGUAAAAAUAUUCAGUGAAUAGGUACAAGUAUUAAAAGUCAAGAAAAAGGUCUGCAGCCAACAAUGUUGGUUUGUUUACAAAAGGUUUGGACUUCAAGAUAUACUAACAAAUAGAAAACUAAGAUAAAUAGUAAAUUAUAAUUUACCCCCAAUUGUUAUUUUAGUUUGAGACACCCAGGGCAGUUGCUCAGCUCUCUUAGAAGUUUCGAGAGCUUUGCUGUCCCACACACUAUCCACUGGUCCACUGUAGCUAUUUAGUAUUUAAUUAAUGUUAAAUAAAAUAGAAAUUCAGUUCUUCCGUUGCACUGGCCAUAUUUCAAGCACUCAAAAGUCACAAGUGGCUUGUGGCUACUACCGUAAUAGACAAUACCGAAAAUCCCGGUCAUGGCAGAAAGUUCUGUUACACACGGCUGUAGAGGUCCUUCCUUUUAAAAUACCCUCUCCUUGAAGAAAUGGAAGAAGAGAAAAAAUAGAUUUGGUAUUUCUUGGGCCUCAAUGUUUUUGAUCUCAGAGAGGCAGUGUGGAGUAAUGAAAAGAAUACCAGCUGACUCAGCUUUAAGUCUCCACUGUGUUAUCAUGUGGGACAAUCACUAUAACUGCCGUGAGUCUCAAUUGGCAAGUUUGGAAAAGAAAAAUGUUUUUGUCCUGUAUUCCUUGAAGGUCAUUAUCAUGCAGACUGACCAAAUGUAUAGAUGGACAAACUUUUAAAACCUUAUGUCAACAUAACCCACAUAAAGCACCUCUAUUGGCCUGGUACCAGCACAAAUGUGCAUUCUGAGGGGGGAAAAAAAAGCCCCUCCAUCCUAAAAGCCUUCCAAGACAGAUCAAUGCAGUUCUUGAGAACAUGCCAAAGGAGGAUACACUCAAACCAUACAGCAAAAUUGCUUAAAUUCCUUUUCUCCCAUAUUAACGUUUUCUCUUCCUGUUUCCUCGGCGUGCCAUCUGUCCCAAUUAUCUUUCCUCUCCCACGACAAAGCCCCAUGUGUGCAUUCUUCAUCUGGCUCAGUUCUCCGUCUCUCCGUCGUGUAGCGUCUCUGAGCCUCUCUGGUUUCCACUGAUUUCCCCGUGUGCUCUUCACAACAAAGAGAAGGCCCAGGAGCUGACCAGCAGACUUCUCUUUGGAAGAAAGUACGUCAAACAAAUAAUUUCAAAGAUUUAUUUUAUCCCUGGAAUGCAAAUGUAAGGGGCUGUCACCUUAAAACAUCAAAAUCUGUGGAACUUCAUUUUAAAUGUAGAAACUUGCACAUGCAGACUAUAUGAAAGAAAUUAAAUUUUGCUAAUAUUCAGAUCAUACAUAUUUUCAGAUUAGUAUAAUUUAUUUAGUUGAGGCCUUUUUUUAAAAAUCUUAUGUCUUAAUUUUAAGGGCAUAUCAAUUUGGUACUGCCCUUAGUGUCUAUUGCCUAAAAUAAUAAAAAACAGUUUUGCUAGAACCCAUGCCUUGAUUCAAGACACUCCCAUGAUAAGAAAUUAAUAUUUAAAUAACUAACUGGAAAGUAGAUUCUGUGGUUAUGGUGUCCUCCUCCUUUGAAAUGUAGUUUUUGCUUUGUAUGUCUUCAGACAUUUUUCAGAUAUUUUAUGAAUUCCCAAAGGUUGCUCUUGCUUUCACUUUCCCAACCCACCCCCAGCUUAUGGUACCAACAUCAAGACGCCAGAAUCUGGGAGGUCAUGUGAUCUGACUCUUCAUUUGUAGAUCAGAAAAUUGAGGCCCAGAGAGGUAUAGUAGUUUUCCCAGAAUUAGAACUGUGUUUUGAACUUGAAACUCCUGGCUGGUCCUUUCUGUUCCGAUUCUCUUUGCCUACACCCCUUCCCCAGCAUUUAAGGCUAACCAAGCAGCUUAGAAGGCAGAGUCCAUCUAAAUCAAACUCGAUUUGUUGUACUGACUCUGCUCUGUCCUAUAAUAGAGAAUAUUGGACCAAUCUUCCUCUAUCACAUGGCUGUCUUAAGACAUAUCAUGUGGUGUUAUUUCGGUGUUCCCUUCGUGGCUCAGCGGUUAACAAACCCAACUAGGAUCCAUGAGGAUGCGAGUUUGAUCCCUGGCCUUGCUCAGUGGGUUAAGGAUCGCGCAUAGCUGUGAGCUGCAGUGUAGGUUGCAGAGAUGGCUCUUGAUCCCACUUUACUGUGGCUGUGGCAUAGGCUGGCAGCUAUAGCUCUGAUUCAACCCCAGCCUGGGAACUUCCAUGUGCCAUGGGUACAGCCCUAAAAGGCCAAAAAAAAAAAAAAAGUGUCAUUUUUAUAACUACCAGGAAUUUCAAGUUCUGGCUAUUCCAGGGUGCUUAUUUGGUUUGGCAUGCUCCUUUUCCUCUCCCCUUCCUGUGGCCAUUUACGUUAGCUCUGCUGUUUCUCUUGUGCCACUUAACAAUUGUUCUGCCUUUGUUUCAUUUCUUUCCAAAUGUACCUGAAAAACUAAUAAUCUUCAUAAGAGGUCAUAGCAGGCUUUCUUAUCAAAUUAUCACAAUUCUCCUUUGCUUUUAAACUAUUUGAACGUAAGUUUUUUUGAGCAAAUACUAUGAGGUCGUGGAAUCACCUCUUAUAUACUCCUGUCUCCUUGUGUUUGUAAAGCACUUUAUAUUUUACAGAGCACUUUGAUUCAUUUCUUUAUUUGUUCAUUCAUCCCAAUUCACUUAAAUAUUUAUUGAGCACCUACUGGAACCAAGUUCCUGUGCUCAAUCUUGUGAAAUACAGACAGUGAGAGAUGAGGCAUGUCUGCUGAUCAUUGUAAUAUGGUGAAAUCCUCAAACACAGCUUUGCAAAUUGUUGGGAUCGAUAUGACUCCAUCCAGUUUCCACUUCCAGUUUCUAUUCUACUUAGAUAGAGAACUAUCAAGUAUUUGCCUGAAGGAUGUUUCUGAAAUAUGAUACAUCAUUGCACAUCUCUGCUGCUUGCUCUGUUUCAAAUGAGCUGUUAAUUUCAUUUAUGAGAAGCAAAAUUACUCAUCCAAAGUUGUCCCAGACCCAAGAAGACUCUCUGGGUCACUUGAGUUCUUCCUGGCCAGAUGUAAUAGUUCACCAUCUCCUACUAUUUCUGUUGUGGCUUUAGGAAUUAUCAACAUCAUUAUCUCAAGGUCUUCCGGAAGCACCAGUGGAUCAAAGAAGCAUUUGCACUUUACAUGUGUAUAGCUGUUUGUCAUUUAUGAGCCUCGGCACUGUUGACACUUGGGCUCCAUAAUUCUCAGCUGGGGAUGGGCUGCUGGGAGUGGCCCCUUGCAUUAUAGGGCGUUGGGCUGCUUCCAGGGCUUCCAUUGACUACGUGACAGUAGCUCACAUACACGCACCCCAGCUGUGACAACUGAAGAUGUCUCCAGACAUUCCCAAAUGUCCCCUGGGGUGAAACUGGGGAAAAUACUGAAUUAUUUAGUGGAAAAAAAAUAUAUCAGGAGAAAAAAAGAAACGUUUCUCUUAUCACUUCAUCUUUAUCAUAGGCCUUUUUAUUUAUAGUAAGACUUGACAUCAUAAACUCUUUGAAUUAGAAGAGAUUUUAAAAAUCACGAGUUCAGCCACAAUCCAACAUUAUCCUCAUUUAUUUCUCCACUUCUCAGUCUUACAAAUGUAUUGAGAGAAGGUCAGAAGACUAGUUGUCUCUGGAACUGAGACCUGACCUUCCCCUGGCGAGAGGUAAGGCUGUUUGGUGUUUACCUUUCGCCCCUGAAGUAGCUGCUGCAGUGAUUUUUGCUUCGGUGGGGAACAUCUCAGAGAUCUUGAGGAGUUUUGAUUAUUUCACAAGUCUACAAAUCUUGCUCCACCAUCUUUGCUUUCAAAAUGUGCAUGGAAGUUGAAGUUUGAUACAUCUAGUUUUAAGGAUAUCUGGAUGAGCUUUCUAUUUCCUUUUUUUUUUUUUUUUUUUUUUUUAGCUUUCUAUUUCUGAUACUGAUUUUUUUUUUUUUAAUUGUCCCUCUUUGGGAAAAAAAAAGAAAUUUAACUGUGCCAAGUAGUUGAAAGUUGGAAAUGUCUGAGUUGAAAUAUCUAAAACUGCCAAGCCAAAGUUUCUGCUGAUUUGAUGUGCCUUAUGUUGGUUUUCCUGUAGGGUCAGUGAUUCCCUAUAAAUAACCCUAUGUUUUGUACUUGUGUCUAUUCUGCACCAAUUGGAAAAGUUGGAGAAGUUAUAAAAGACAAUCUGUUAUGAAUACGCCUAGAAAUAACAACAAACCCCAACUAGAAUAUCAGGUCUCCCUCCAUGCCUUUGCUGAAAGACCAACGCAGACUUUGGAAACAUUCUUAAUUAUUUAAUACAAGUUGCUAAUAUGGACACACAAUUGAAAGCUUUGAUUACAAAGUCUAAGGCGAUAGAAUAUAUUGACAAGCAUAUCCAGAGUGGCCUCUCUAAGGACUAUCUUGGAAAUCAGAAAACUCCAACCCAGGAGGUCCCUUAGUGUGUGUAUAUAUAUAUUCCUUCUCUACUACUGUCAUAGACAAUAUAGUGAUAUGAAAGGUUUUUAUUAGGUUGAUCUUCUAAUUUCAACUUAAAUUGCAACACAUCUGCCUAAUUAUUGCCCGGCAUACCUUUUAAAAGUGCCCACUGCUCUCACAACAGUUAUCGCAGAGGAGCAAGAUGAUAAUUGUUCAAGUAAAAUCGUCAACUUUCCUGAAUCAGUUCUCCAAACAAAUUUAUGGAAGAGAGCAUCACUGGCUUUUCAAUGUAACUUCUUGUUAAUUUCCAGAUCACUGUCCAUACUGAAAGAAUCACAGUUACUUUAAAUCCAGAAUAAAACGCUGGAAAAAAAUUUAUGCAAAUCAUAUGCUGGUGCUCAUCUUUUUCUAAUUUCUAUAGGAUUUAUUAUCAUUUGAGAAUUACUAAGAAAAAAAUGUGUCUCUUAAUAAAGUAAAAAAAAUUUGACUUGGCAGAUGGUGAUAUAUUCAUUUUGAUUCCAGUUGAAAAACCUCAGUGAUUUCUCUCAUUACCACUGGAGUGUUGAUUUAAAAAAAAAAAAAAAAAAAACAGGUUCUCUCUUCCCUAGCAUUGCAGAAAUAUGUGUUUUCAUGACCAAUAUAUCACUUGUUAAUCACGCAGCUAUAAACCUUUUGUGCCUAUCAACGAGAUUCAUAGCAUGAAACUAAUUUUAGACCAUUUGCUAUGUGGGAAGAAGUAUAGGGAUGGGUGGGUGAGGAUGAUUCAUGGGAAAAAAUAAAGAUCAAAAUAUGCCAUCAAGCAGGAUUUUCAGCUUCUUCAGAGCACUGUGCAAAUAAAUAUUCAAUGAAGAUCAGCUCAAAUUUAAGUCAUCCAGACUUGGAGACACUGGGGCACAGAUCCUGCCAGUUAUGCUAAGAAGCAUAUGACAUACAGGCAGUGAAGGAUGUUCCCAUUUAAUCUAAAACCCAGCCAUCUCCCCCCUGAACCUCUUCUAGGGCACCAAUCCUGAACUCAUUAAGGCUUUUGCUGCAGGGAAUUGGGCUACUUCUGGGCACGUAAGGACCAAAGAGAGACUUUUCAUUUAUCACCCUCUGACCUGCAAAGCAUGACUGUGUUCUUUGGUUCCCUUAUGCCAGAGACCAUGAGACAGCCCCACACAGGCAAUAAAGUACAAUAAAAAUAAAAAUCAUUUUCCUGAGGAAAGGCUAAGAGAAAGUACUUUCAUCUGCUCACCCUGAGCUGGCUCUCUGUGAAGUUUGACCACCUUGGGACCUAGACUCCAUAUUAUUGUCUAGACAUCGUGGUCCUGUCUGAGCAAACAUUUUAAAAAGUAAUCGAACAAAAAUAUAUUCCGAGGGUCAUAUUUUUAGUAGGGAAAUAAAACCUCAAAUUAGGUGUCUUCCACUAGGCUACUCUGAAAAUACCAUCAGGCAAAGUCAGCCACCAAAAACUGUUAAAAUCAUUUUAGGGAAACGAAUUAAGUUUCUCUAGACAUACAUAUUUUGUGUUUAUUACAACAAAAUCUCAGGUCCCUAGCUGAGAAGGGGAAAGUCCUUUCAUUGGUUGGUCAAAACAAAUCUCUCAUUUGCCUCAUUUGAGGCAUUUGGACGGUGGCUGGGAAGUACAUUAUUUUCCGGGGGGGAAAAAAGAGACAGCCUUUUUCUGCAUGCCAGCUGGGAUCAUGGGAACUUCCAGUGCCAGGAAUGUACUACUGUUUCUGGUAAUUCUGCUCAUAGUCAUUUGAAACGCUGAAGGGUGAAAGGAGGAGAAGCCGGGCACCCAGGGGCUGUCUGUGUGUUAUGCCAGUUGCACCAGUGCACAGAAUAUUUGUCAAUGAAUUUCCAAGUGGGUAUAACUGCACCCUUUGUCAGCAUCACAAAGCUCACUGUGGAGCUGCUGAAAGAGGACACCGGGGGCGGGGGGGAAUCUGACCCUCUAAACCCGGUCAGCAACCAACCAAAGGAAAGACUGGGUGAGCCCGGCCCGCUGCCAGUUCGCUUCUGUUUUCCACAGCCUUGGACUUCACAUCGAGGACGUGUCUGUCAGGUGAAAGUUAAUUUGGCGGAGGUUUUCCAAAACUUGGUUUAAUACCUGGAAAACUGCGCACGUUGAAUUGACCCCAGUCCUCCGGUCUCAUUUCUAUUUCCUUGGUCAUGUCCAUGAAACACUGGAGACCGCAUUUAUUUUAUUUUUUUCACGGUAAGAUAAUGUCCACCUACUUCCUGAUGACCUCAUGCUUGACAUACCUGAACCUGCAAAUGUAAAAAUGAUUGUAUCUGACUUUGCACUAAUGGUGUCUGAUAGCAAAGUCCUUUAUGGGACGCCUCUGUUUAAAUUCAGUCAUGCAGAUGCUGCAUGACUUCCACAGGCUUCUCUUUGAUUUUCACUGUAAGAUUAAUUACCUAAGUUUGAAUGUAUUUCCUUAUAGUCCAUCAAUUUGCCAUCUAUCGUUUACCUGGGGAACCUUAGGAUUGCAAUAAUUCAUUAGAGAUGUCCUCACACAGCUUCUUCAACCAAGUUUUUCUGCAUUUCUUCGGGUUCUGCUUAGAGUAUGUGGGAAAGCGUGUGUUCUGCUUUUUGUUUUUUUCCUAGUGAUGAUUUUGUAAGAAAGCCAGUGUAUCGACUGCCACAGUGACACGAUUCAUCUUUUAGGGUCUGGAAGCUGGUGGUGACCAAAUGCUAUGUGUGUUCUCUCUGUCAAUUGCUAUUUUCAGAAUUAAAUCAUGUUUUUCUCACUUUCGAUUGGAGUCAACACAUUUGGGAUUUCUCGAAGGGGGCGAAGGGAGCAAUUUGUGUAACACUGCUGUCAUAUUUGACUACAUAUUAAAAACAAUAAAUGAUCCUUUUGUUUUAAUUUCUUAA